UUGGCACUCCAGCCUAUUCGGAGUUCGACGCAGAAUGCCACGGCGCAACCGACUAUUAAAGGUCGAGAAAGUAGAGACUAUAGCUUGACAAAUACCUAAGCCAUCAUGACGAACCCUAUCUUUAACCAUCAUGAUGAGGAGAAGGGGUUGCACCGGACGGAAACCAGUGUGACGAUGCCCCCGGAGCUCUUCGAGAAGCUGUACCUCACGCCAAAAGUGCCCCAUGUCGGCGACUACAACCGACGAUUCGCUAACCCGACACCUCUUGGUAUUGUCGGAUUCGUGAUCUCGACCUUCACCUUCUCAAUCAUCCUCAUGGGAUGGGGAGGUGCGUCAGGAACAACACCCGUGGCCGGCAUAUUCUUCUUCGUCGGCCCCGUGCUGCUCCUCUUCUCCAUGGUGUUCGAGUGGAUCAUGGGCAACUUCUUCCCCAUGAUGGCCAUGGGCCUGUACGCCGUCUUCUGGCUCUCCUUCGGCUUGAUGUCGCUGCCCACGCUGCAGCUCGGCGAGCCCUACGCCACCGCCGGCGACCCCACCGGCAUGGCCUCGCCCGAGUACAACUCUGUCGUGGGCAUCUACCUCAUCGUCUGGGGCUUCGCGCUGUUCACCUUCUUCAUCUUCACGUUGAAGGUGAAUGCCGUGUUCGCGAUGAUCUUCGCUUCCGCGACAAGCGCGGUGUGGGUCCUCUCCGGCUCGUACUUCAGGCUUGCGGCGGGCGAUUUCGAGGCUGCGAUUCACUUGCAAAAGGCUGGCGGAGCUCUGCUGUUCGUCGUGGCGUCGCUGGGAUGGUACAUGUGUGUCAUCAUCAUGGCGGGCGAGAUGCGCAUCACCCUCAACCUCCCUCUCGGCGACCUUACACGGUUCUGGCCCAAUACGGACGUCGAUCUGGCGGCUGCUGCGCAUCGCGAUUAAUUGGGUAUGUUUAGGCGUGAGUAAUGCUGUAUUACCUAGAACCUACCUACCUACCUACUACUUCAGUUAGGAGGCAGGGGUAAGUGCCGUCAAAGAUUCACUCUCAAAGUUUAUGGCAUGUUAGAUUAGCCUGAAUGGGCAGCUGGAUAUGUACGUUAUUGAGUAGCUAGCUAGAAUGUGAUAUAAAUAUCUAUAUAGUAUGACAGUAGGAGAGCUUCCCCCUUAACCUGGUUCCCAGUGUGUUGGUCUGGGGUAAACGAAUGCCGAAUGCGUAUUUAGGCGGCUUGGCUUCGAACUAAUUAGGAACAGUAGAGACCUGUAAAUACCACUAUCUCUGUUGCAUUAGACCGACAAAUAGGGUAUCUGGAAGCUGUUACGUGCGACGGGCAACGCCGGUAACACCGGCAGCCGCGGAUCCUACGAGCGAAGUGCGGCCCCCAAUACGACUUUCGCAUUACAAAUUUGACGAAAUAGACAGCUUUCUGCCCUUUGAGCUUUUCGGUGAUGCAAUGUUAUACUAUCUUCAUGUCCCAAUCACAUGGAAAGCAUGAC